GGGAAAAGCGCGCGGCUCGAACAAUAGCGGUGCACGCGCCUGAGUGACAGCGAUAACUCGACCUGUCGACCGAACUCGAACUGACAGUACUGUGAUGCAGACUUACUAAACCAGUAGUCGGUUCGUCUAGGACUCUACUGGCCUGCAGCUUCUUCUGUUUUUUUACAUACACAGAAGGUCGCCAAACGAACCAGUGUCUUGCACUUCUCACUUGAAAGGAAUAAAUACUCACCUCAUCGUUCGGACGAUUCAGUCCUUCGGUUUACCGGACAGACCGCAGACAGACGACGGGGUCUUCUUAACUUCUGUUAAUUCGCUUCUUAAUCGGAUCAUCCCCUUAUGCGCUUGGAAAACGGGAGCAGGAAUUAUUUUAAAGACGAUCAGAUAGAAUUUCACAGAUUUGUUGGUGGUUGUUUGUUGUUGUGGUUUAGUGGAAAGACGACGUGCGGUGGUUUUUUCAGAGUUUGUAAUAUGUUUUUACUGGAUUUAGCGGGUUUACGACAACACGACAGAAGACACUACAGACUGAUAUUGCUGAUCACUAUGGCGAUUCAUAUAGGGAAACCAAGCAACUCGCAACUUGCAGGUACUGUGAGCAAGUGUAACAAAGAAGGGGAACCAGUUAACAUUCCCGGCAUAACCGACGAUCCGUGUAUUUCCUGUGUUUGUAGGAAAGGACAAGUGGAGUGUGAAAAGACCAAGUGUAAAGCACUCGAAGGAUGUCACGCAAUUUUAUUUGAUGGGCCAAGCAGGAAAUGUUGCGAUACCUGUAAAGGCUGUUGGUACAACGGUUCCAACUAUGACAGCACGUCCACGUGGAGUAAUCCAACUCAACCGUGUGAAGAAUUCUCGUGUCGGGCUGGUGUUGUCACGAAGUCAAAGAAGAAGUGCUACGUGCCGUGCAAACACCCCACUAUGCAGCGAGGGCGGUGCUGUCCCUCGUGCACAGGCUGUUUUUACUCGGGGAAAGAAUAUAAAGAUGGAGAUGAGUUCAGCUUAACAACAGACCCAUGUGUCAAGUGCACGUGCGAGAAAGGAAAUAUGACUUGUGUUCGACACACAUGCGCGGUACUCAACUGCCCUAAGGAAUCAGUCCAUAAACCGGAAGGAGAGUGCUGCCCCCAGUGCAAAGGUAUGAGAAGAAUAUUCGAUCUGCCCACAUCGUGUUAUUUUGCUAAGCGAGUUUUUUCCAACGGGUCUACGUUCCAGCCGGAGAAAUGUACAGAGUGCAUGUGUCUGGAGGGAACUUCUGUUUGUGACAAAAUCACGUGUCCGCCAAUAGACUGUGCCCCGGAUGACCGAAUCGAAGAGCCAGGCGCGUGCUGCCAGAAGUGCAAACCAAAACGAAACUGCAUUUUUCAAGGUCAAGGUUACAAGCAUCACGAAGAAUGGCGUCCCAGUAUAUGCACACACUGCACGUGCGAUGAUGGUGUGACGUAUUGCCAACGCGAGCGCUGUAGCAACGCCCUCUGGUGCCCUCAGGGAUACAAACUGAAGUUUGAACCGGGUUCUUGCUGUCCAAAGUGCACAGAACAUGACGCUGUGUGCACGGUGUUUGGCGACCCCCAUUACCGCACCUUCGACGGGAAGAUGUACAACUUUCAAGGGUCGUGCAAGUACCUCCUGGCCAAGGACUGCAAGGGUCGUGAGUUCACCAUCAAGGUCCGGAACGGGGUGCGGCUGUCGUCCGGUUUCGCCUGGACACAGAUGCUGGUCAUUCUGCUGGGCAAGUCCAGAAUCAGCUUCCUGCAGAACCUGGUGGUCAAGAUCGACCGGAAGAGAGUCGUCUUACCGCACGUCGUACCCGGCCACUUCUCCGUCCGUCGAGACGGACAUUCGGUGACCUUCAAAUCUGACGUCGGACUGAAGGUCGUGUGGGACGGAGACAGCUUCUUGGAGGUGACCGCAUCAAGCAGGUUCAAAAACCGACUUUGUGGACUGUGCGGAAACUACAACGGACAGGAAGCGGACGAUCUGACCGGAAAGGACAAGCGAGUCUACCUCCACGGUGAAGAGUUCGGACACUCGUGGCGGAUUGGCAGCAAGAAGGCAUGUAAAGUGAAGCCGAUGUUGCGACGUCUGCGCUCGCCGUGCGAUAAAGACUUCCACGCCAAGAUCCGCGCCAACAGACACUGCAACGUCCUUUACAGCAGAAUAUUCGCAAAGUGUAGGAAGGAGAUUAAGGUCCAUCCAUACAUCACUUCGUGCGUAACGGACAUGUGUGACUGUCCUGCCGGCCGUCAGUGCUCGUGCGAGUCCAUCCGGGCGUAUGCACACGAGUGCGCACGCGCGGAAUUCGAGAUCGACUGGGAGAAAGACUCGGCCUGUACAUCGUUAGAAAAACCAUCGUGCCCAAAGGGCGCCGUCUUCUCGAAAUGCGCCCCGGCGUGUCACGUGACCUGUAAGAACUACACGAAGGUGAAGAAAUGUUCCAAGCUCUGCGUGGCCGGCUGUGUCUGCAAGAAGGGUCGCGUGUUCCAUAAAAACAGGUGCAUCCCGAUCGGCAAGUGUUCAAGGAAGAAACCGGUUUCAUCUAAAACAGGAACUGACCCGUCAUGAGGAGUUACGCAUGCGUGAGUAAUACACACAGGUGAAAACUUCAGCCCGCGUGCUGUGGCAGCGACCAGUGAGUCACCGGUCAGGGACAGACCGGAAGUCACAGACCGGAAAUCACAGACUGGAAGUCACAGACCGGAAGUGUGAUCUCGGUAGUAGUAAAAAAACACAAGAGGACAGAAUAACUGCAGAAGAUCCAAGUAUAAUGUUAUAGAAAGCAAGGCUAUAAAUAGCGCAAUCUGUGAUGCUUGAAUAGCUCAUUCGUCGAAAGAGAUUAUGCUUUAACACUUUUGACAUUAAGUUAUUUUCAGUCUACCUCAGGGCACCAUUACCUCCAUUCCAGUACUUCGGUUGUUUCCGGCAGAUAGCGACGAUAUUCCAUAUGACGGAAAGAGCCGAAAUAUUAACCAUGAUCAAAAAAAAAAAAUGGAUUACCUCAUUUUACCAACAAAAAAACAACAAACCCAAACAAACCCUGAAAGGAUAAUAGUGCUCAAUUAUUUCAAAAUGGCUUAUUAAUGUGCAAUUCUAUACAAUGUUGAUAGUAAAAUGUAUGACAGUUUUCUUUUUAAUUGUUAUUUCUUGUUGAAGUAAAAUUUAAUCAUUUAAUUAAUAUUUGAAAACUUUCACAAAUUUUGGAUUUUCCUAUGUUUAAUUUACAUGGUCUGUUUAUGACUAAUGUAAUGGAUGUAUGGAUCGUGUUACAGUGGCGUUACGUGGGCGGGGCCACUGGGGCGGUUGCUCUGGGCGCAAAAUUCUGGACCGGUGGAAAGGACUCGGGGAGUGCUAACGGUCCACUGGUUAGGGAGCGCAAUACUUGCCUCGCCCCGGGAGCUGGCAACCCACGCUACACCACUGAUCGUGUAUGUAUUCGAAUGACGGACGAAGACGAACGGUCGUAUUUUACAAUCGUAUUAGCAGGUGCAAACAUUAUAUACUGAAUACCGAAAGAAACGCAACUAUAGUUAUGAGCUGUAACGUUAUCUCUUUUUUUUUGAAGUGAUUAACACAUACUGAAAUUCUGGAGAACUAUAGGUUGAUGUACUAGUAUACCAUUCAUCAUUACAGAGAACUAUGCGUUUGUAAUCGAGUAACCCAAUUCUAAUUGCAAACUAACCAUAGCCCUGAUUUGCAUUUCUUUUGGUCUUCAGUAUAUUUGUAUCUUUUAGUUUUUUUUCGGGAAAACACCCAUAACGUUUCUAUGGUAUCAGUACACCUUGGCUUGGUUCCACCACUUACCUUUAUUGUAGAUUCCCUCGAGGUAGUGUAGUGUUGUCCUAUAGGUUGUCAUCCAGUAUUUAGUUCCAAUAGUGUUUUUUAUUACUUUAUCAAAUCGGGUCAGAUAUUACGAGGACCAAGGUGACUCCUCACCCCUAAAUACAAUUUAAUAAGCGAACUACAGUUGAAUCCCGUUGGCUCGAACUCCGUCGGUGCCCGAGAAAGAGAGUGUUCGACCCAUCAGGUGUUCGACCCAUCAGGUGUUUCGACCUAACCAUUAACAUCGG